AUGCUGUACACAUGCGCCGCCCGCUGCCUUGAUCGAGUUGAAGAAACCCCUGCUAAUCGUCCCCCUAUUGACUAUUGUUAUCUACGGUGCAACACAUACUGCUUGUCCUACCCGCAGCGCCCGGCUCACCGGUUUGAGAUUGUCACGCUGCCUCUGCCGCAAUCCUUCUCUGACGAUGAACGCGUGGACGCUUGCAUCCGCCACCAUGAGAAGGAAAUCCAGAGCCGCCUGCCGAUUGCCGAUAAGGCGAAGGCAACCUCUCGGUUUCUACCUGAGCGCAUCGUGGAUCGUCGUUAUGCGCGGAGAAUCCUCGUUCUCAACCGCUUUGAGGCCAAUGAAGAUAGUAAUAACGAUGGCAAGACGUGGAAUGGAGGCAAGAUGCACCCUGAUGCGAAUCGCUUCGGUAGCUAUCUUGACGUCGAAUGGCAACGGCGCAAGAAGCAUGACUUUGUCGGUCUUGGCCCGGAGUAUACACCUCGCGAUGUGUCAUUCCACAGUUGUGGGGUUGAACAGUUCGGAAGCACACUUUUCGAGAUGUUUCUCCCAGCUGCGCCUUUCUACAAUCAUUUCGUGCCCGAUGGUGUACUCAAUCGACAGCUUCUGGAUACUAGGAGAAGUCUGGCUGAUGUUGAUGCUCUUACUAUUUGA